AUGGUUUUUAACGAUUUUAAUAGUCGCUGUCAAAUUGAUCUUAUAGAUUUUCAAUCACAACCUGAUAGAGAUUUAAAAUUUAUAUGUGUCUAUCAAGAUCAUUUAACAAAAUUUUGUAUUUUAAAACCUUUAACUUCAAAACGAGCAGAACAAGUCGCAUGUGUGUUAUUAGAUAUUUUUUGUUUAUUUGGUGCGCCCGCUUCUCUUCAAUCUGACAAUGGCAGGGAAUUUUGUAAUGAACUAAUUAAUUCAUUGCGUGAGAUGUGGCCUGAUUUAAAUAUCGUUCACGGGAAACCACGGCAUAGUCAGUCGCAGGGCAGUGUUGAACGGGCCAAUCAAGAUAUUGAAAAUAUAUUGACAACUUGGAUGCAAGAUAAUAACACCAAUAAAUGGAGUGAAGGACUCAGAUUCGUUCAAUUUAUGAAAAAUAAAGCCUAUCAUUCUGGAAUUAAACGAAGCCCAUACAAUGCGAUGUUUGGAACUGACCCUAAAACUGGCCUAUAG